CUGCGGAAGAAAACGUCAUUUCCCAGCCGUGGAACUGACGUGUCGGAAACAGAGUUGUGGAUAACUGGGGGGAAAUUUUUAUUUCUUGAUCCAAUUCAGCCUAAUUUAAUUCCCUCUGGAAGGAGGAUACAACUUUGAAGUGGCAAAAUGCUGGAUUUCUUCGCCAUCUUCAGCAAGGGGGGUAUCGUGCUGUGGUGCUUUCAGGGAGCCGGAGUGACUGAGUCCUUCACAGGGCCCGUCAAUGCUCUUAUUCGCUCCGUGAUCCUGCAGGAACGCAGUGGAACAAAUUCCUUCAACCAUAACUCCCUGAGCCUGAAGUACAAACUGGACAACGAAUUUGAACUCGUGUUUGUGGUGGGCUUUCAAAAGAUCCUAACGCUGACGUACGUGGACAAGUUUAUAGACGACGUGCAGCUGCACUUCAGGGAUCGUUACAAGAAUGAACUGGAGCAGAGGGGUGCCUUAAAACUGCUCAACAGCAGUUUCGAGUUUGGAGAUGAGUUUCACCUGCUCCUCCGCGAAGCGGAGGAGAGCAGCCGUGGCCGGGUUCCUGGCUUCAUGAAGCCCUUCCAGGAGUCCCGGAAGUCCCAGAAAACGGUUAAAUCCAUGAUUGAGACCAAGGGAGGAGACAAGGACAAGGAGCGCAGCGGCAAGAAGAAUAAAAAUGCCAAAAAAGAAGCUGCAGCGGCCGAAGCGGCGGCAGGGGACGUGGCCAAGGCGGACGGGCCGGGCGUGGUAGCCAAGGCGGCAGAGAACGGGAACCAGGGCCUCACGCCUGAGGAGAUCAUACAGAAGAAGAGGGAGGAAUUCUUCCGGAAACGCAUGGGUGGUGGUGGUGCCCCCGAGAAAUCCAGUAAAUCCCCCAAGCCCCAGAAACCACGAGAGAAGAAGAAGCAGGAAUGGGGAAACAACUGGGGCAACUCCAAGCUGGACUACAGCAAAAUCAAUGGCAACAGCACCCCUGACGCUGUAGAGCUGGGCAAGGAUGCCACUGCUGAAAUGAGUGUGCAGCUGGACUCCAUGAAGGGUGAUUUGCCCGGUGUGGAGUGUGAGUCCAGCGGAGAGGAGGCUGAAGAGGAAGAGGAGGAGGAAAAGGAGAUGGUAGCUGUCCCCAGCCAGAGCAAGGAGAGCUCUAAGAAAGGGGGCUUGGGGGGUAUGUUCGGGAUGCUGAAAGGCCUGGUUGGCUCCAAGAGCCUGUCUAAGGAGGACAUGGUGCCUGUUCUCGAGAAGAUGAAGGACCACCUCAUCGCUAAGAAUGUAGCAGCUGAAAUUGCUUCCCAGCUCUGUGAGUCAGUGGCCAAAAAACUGGAAGGCAGAGUCAUGGGAACAUUCACCACUGUGGCCUCCACUGUGAAGCAGGCCCUGCAGGACUCGCUGGUGCAGAUUCUGCAGCCCAAGAGGCGGGUGGACAUUCUGCGGGACGUCCUGGAGGCUCGCAGCCAGCGCCGCCCGUUUGUCAUCACCUUCUGCGGUGUCAAUGGCGUGGGCAAGUCCACCAACCUGGCCAAGAUCUCCUAUUGGCUGAUGGAGAACAGCUUCUCGGUCCUGAUCGCGGCCUGCGACACUUUCCGGGCGGGAGCGGUGGAGCAGCUGCGCACUCACCAGCGCCGCCUCAACUCCCUGCACCCCCCCGCGCGGCACGGGGACCGCCCCUUCGUCCAGCUCUACGAGAAGGGCUACGGCAAGGAUGCCGCCGGCAUCGCCAUGGAGGCCAUCGCCUACGCUCGCAGCCAGAGCUUUGAUGUUGUGCUGGUGGACACGGCCGGCCGCAUGCAGGACAACACCCCCCUGAUGACAGCGCUCGCCAAGCUGAUCGCGAUCAACAUGCCCGACCUGGUCCUGUUCGUGGGCGAGGCCCUAGUUGGGAACGAGGCGGUCGACCAGCUGGUGAAGUUUAACCAGGCCCUGGCUGACCACUCAAUGUCGGACAAACCACGUCUCAUCGAUGGCAUCGUUCUGACUAAGUUUGACACCAUUGAUGACAAGGUGGGCGCCGCCAUCUCCAUGACCUACAUCACUGGGCAGCCCAUCGUGUUUGUGGGAACGGGGCAGACCUACAACGACCUGCGCAGCCUCAAUGCCCGGGCCGUGGUGAGCGCCCUGAUGAAGGCCUGAGGAGGAGGAGGAGGAGGAUGGGGGGGGGGGUGGGCGGGGGGCAGGACGAAACGGACCCACCCCUCCACCCAACAAUGCAAAUUCCAGUCCUGCUGCAAGCGGCUUUGACUCACCACAGCGACCACACUCUCUUUCACCAUCUUUCUGGCAGUUCCAUCUGUAACGUUUAGGAAGCAAAAGAAACUGCAAUACAAAAUAAAUGCAUUUUAUUCCCUGCACAUUCAGUACACUGUGGGGCCCCGCCCUCACUUACCUCAUUCCUGCUUUAGUGAUUAAGUGGUGCAGAGCGACUCUUGUCUCAGUUCUUCCCAAAUGAUUUCAUUUUUUAUUUUGAAUCAGGGAUGCAGAUGAUUUUCACUUUCCCAGCCAGGUCAGGCAAGCCAUGUCAGUACAUCUUUUUUUGUUGGGGGGAGGGGGGUUUAACUACAUUUACAUGGAAUUGUAGGCAGGACCCCUCGCCCCCCCCCCCGUUAGUUCUGCAGCCCUUUGUCAUUGCUCCAAAAGUCUUACUGGCCUUCUGAGGCCUGGAGAAGCCACACCCCCUGAGGAGGAAGUUGAGCAUCCAUAGUGCCUAUCCAUGUACCUUCCCCCAACAGCACCACCCCUGCCACUCUGACAGGCUCGUCUCUUUCCCAACAUCUACUGCCGUGUUCUCUCGCACGCUGGGAAUACCUCCUGCAGGAAUGAUGCAACCUUUAACCCUCGACCUGUCACCAGAGACAACUCCAGCCUUAGCCAUGCGGCCACACGAGAGAAGAUGAAUCUUGUUUUAAAAUCAUUUUGUUCUUUUGACCCUUCUUUUGGAAGGCUCCAGGCUUCUGUGCAGACCAUUUGAUCUGUUGGCAUUUUGUUUUCUUUUUGGUUGUUCAACCCUCUCACCUCAACCCCUCUGAAGAUAUUUAAUUUAAUUAAUGAAAAGCUAAUUUAAGGUCUUGAAAUUCCCCGAUCCCUUUAAUUCUGCAGUAGUGCAAUACAAGAGUCAAGAGAAAUAUAAAGUGAAGAUAUGUCAUAAUUUGAGAAUAAUAUUUCUUAAAUAAAGCUGCUAUUAUAGCCGGUCAGAAGUU